AAGACAGUGAAGGAGAGAGAAAGAGGCAGAUGGAGGAAAAAAAGAGCGAGUGACGGGGAAAAAAGAGCAAGGAGGGCGAGCGGGGAGGGAGAGCCAUUUGAGAGAGAGAGAGGGGGUUGUUCCAUCAGCGCUGGUGAAGUUUCAUCUCUGUGCUUCACACGCAGACAGAACAGGAGAUAACAAACACACAUACACACAGAUACGAUGCUGCUCUCAGGAAACGCGUUGAUUGUCCUGCUGUGCCUCAGCCAUGCGGCCGGCGUGUGGUGUUUUGCCCGUCUCCUGGACGACGUGGAAAUACGCUCGGCUUUCUCGGUUGCACGCACCAACAGCAUGGAAGGUGGACCUAAGAUGACGGUGACCUUUGACACUGUCUAUGUCAACAUCGGCGGGGACUUUGACCCAAAGACUGGCGUGUUUCACUGUCGUAUCCCUGGGGCGUAUUACUUCUCCUUCACGGUGGGGAAGUUUCCACACAAAGACCUGUCAGUGAUGCUGAUGAAGAACAGAAACGAGGUGCAGGCUAUCGUCUACGAGGAGAACGCCGGGGAGGAAAGGAAGGUGCAGAGCCAGAGCGUCAUGCUGCAGCUGGAGUUCAGUGACACCGUCUGGCUCCGUCUCCACGGUGACCCUCGCUAUGCCCUCUACAGCAACACUGGACAUUACACCACCUUCAAUGGUUACCUCAUCUACCCGGACACCUACGACUACCAGACGCACCACCACCAACAGCAUCCCACCUACAACUCCCAGCAGCCCCAGCAGGACAGCAUCCCCUUGUUGCAUAGUAACCAAGCCACAGAUGACAGGUCUGGAUCCAGAGGUUUGCUGGAGGAGAGGGAGCUGCAACAUAGAGAGGAGGAGGAGGAGGAGGAGGGGGAGCAGGAGGAUGACGAGGACGACCAGAGAUCUGCCUUCUCGGUGGGGCGCACCCAGAGCAUUGUGGGAGUCGACCAGGUGGGCUUGCCACAGCACCAGCCCGUUAGCUUCGACACAGCCUUCGUCAACAUUGGAGAGGACUUCAACAUGUCGGAGGGGGUGUUCGCCUGCCGUGUUCCUGGCGUGUACUACUUCUCCUUCAACGUGGGCAAGCUGCCACAGAAGACGCUGUCCGUCAAACUGAUGAAAAACCGUCUGGAGGUGCAGGCGAUGAUUUACGAUGACAGCCAGGGCGAGAAAGCCCUGCAGAGUCAGAGCUUGAUGCUGGCGCUGAAACCAGGGGACACGGUCUGGCUAUACUCGCAUCAGAGAGAUGGAUUCGGGGCCUAUAGCAACCAUGCCAAGUACAUCACCUUCACUGGCUUCCUGGUUUACCCAGACUCCCCCCCCCCCACCACCACUACCAGCCAAUCAUCUGCAGAUAAGAAACCUUAGCUGCAGGACAUGGGCUCGGGACUGAACAUUGUGUUAGGAAUUCAUGCAAGAUGGAAAAGUGUGCGCGUCCACCACAGAAAGCAGGAGAUUCCUCUUCAUAUGAAUUCCUUCACAAAGUGACCGGGAGCUCGGACUGAGCGCAGAGCUUCAACGAAGAGUUUCCAGGAUAUGACUUCAUCUCACCUCAUGUGGAACCAACAGUAAUGUGAAUAUUUCACUGUAUAAUGAAAACUCAGUCAUUACCUGCUCACCUCUGUGUCCUUUAAACUCUCUUUAGACUUCGUACCCCCCCCAAAACGAACCACCAUCAAAUUAUGGAAAGAAAAUUAAGUCUAGAACUUAAAGACAAAUUUUAGUUACAUGUACUUUAUUUGCAAAUGUAAACUUCUGCCCCCCUCAUCUCAGGGGUUAAUAUUCCAUAAAAAAUAAGGGAAUAUAUAAUAUUAGAGUGAGCAUAAUGCUAAUUCUGUCUGAUUAUUAAUCAAUCAAUCAAUCAAAUUUUAUUUGUAUAGCCCAUAUUCACAAAUCACAAUUAGUCUCAUAGGGCUUAAUGAAGAUUCAUGCACAUUUUAUCCUCAUUGUUAAACUGUAGAAAAUCCUCAAUAACGUCAUAUGAUCAGUGGAUAUUAAAUGACACAGAAAUGAGGAGAUAACUGUUUUUCAGUGAAAUUUUCUGUUUAGUGAAUUUGUUCUCGUCAAAGACUUGUUGUUUCUGCUUGUAUGUAAAAACUUGACUUUAUGUCUUUCGACACAAGUGAAAACUUUGUGAUUAUUAACUGUGUUUUGUGUCAAAAUGAGUCUCUUUUCUUCAUUUUGGAGCUUUUUCCAGUCUCGACCCUCACGAAGGAGUCAGAGGACAACAGGACCAAAAAGUCAAGACUGAGUUUCCAUCCAACUUUUAACCUCAUGCCACUUCUGAGCCCGAGGGGAUCCAGACCAUAAUUUAACUUCUGAUCCGAGCAGCGUUUAAUUCAUUUGUCCAGAUGGCGAGCCCUGCGGGGG